AUGUCGAUCAAUGAAGAUAUAGCUGAUGCUCAACUUAGAGAGUUGUGGGAUGAGUAUAAAACUCUAGAUCCUACACCUACCUAUGGAUGUCCUGAAUCUAAGAGGCAUACUGAACGUUAUCAGCUGCAGAAACUAUAUCAAUUUUUGACUGGUUUGAAAGAGUCCUAUGAGAAUGCUAAGAACCAAGUUCUAAUGACUAGGCCACUGCCUAACAUAAAUCAGGCCUAUGCCAUGAUUAUCAAUGUGGAGAGUCAAAGAAUGCAUGGGAAAGGUGCUGCUCCCUUAACUGACAAUAAUGAAGUUGCAGCAAUGAUGAGCAAUAAGCCACACAAUACUAAUUACAAUGGAGGGACAACAUGUAUUGCUCAUGCACUUAUGUCACAUCUUAUAGACCAGAAUUGGAUAGUAGAUAUAGUUGCUUCUAAUCAUAUGGUUCAUAGUCUGGAUCUAUUAGAUGAGUAUGAGGAGUUAAUUGGAAAUGAUAGGAACAAGGUACAUUUACCUACUGGAGAGCAAAUAGCUAUUACACAUAAAGGAGUUGCAUCAUUUUUCAAAGAUAAUCCAGUUCAAAAUAUUCUUCAUAUUCCAGAUUUCAAAUAUAAUUUACUCUUAGUUUCAAAGAUCACAAAGGAGUUGCAAUAUCUGGCAAAUGGAAGACCAGUGUCUGGACAACAAGAGCUUCAUAAGCAAAUUUCUACUUCUUUUCCAACUGUAAAUAUUACUUCUGAUGCAUUCAAUAAAUGUGGUAAUCUAGCUACUGAACAGUCUUGUUCUGUGCCCUCUUUGUGGCACAAAAUAUUAGGUCAUGCUCCAUUAAAAGUCUUGCAAAAGCUAAAUGUUGUACCUAGUCUAAAGCUAGAGGAUCAUCACUGUAUUGUUUGUCCUAUUGCUAAACAAUCAAGGCUACAUUUCUCUCAUAGUCUGACUUGUUCUAGUGGUGCAUUUGAUAUUGUACAUGCUUAUGUGUGGAGGCCUUAUAAGAUACCAACUUAUGAUGGUAAAAGAUUGCCCGCUGUGGUAUUACAAGGUAAAUCUCCAUUUGAACAGUUAUUCCACGGGUCACCUUCUCUACAUCAUCUCAAGAUCUUUGGGAGUCCGUGA